GUGUGUUUUUCCGUUCCAUGUGUAGGCGAGUCACGUGGAGAAAAACGGUUGAUUGCAUGUCAUGUUUCUGCCUUAGCAGGAGCUCUGUGCUACGCUGUGGUCACCUCCAGUUGUCGCUGCACUUUGUUUUGACAGCUGCCUGUUUUCUUUUUAGGUUGUUUUUACUGAAGAAUGAGUGAAAACGAUGACAUCGAAGUCGACAGCGAUGCAGACAAACGAGCACAUCACAAUGCGCUGGAGCGCAAACGGAGGGACCACAUCAAGGAUAGCUUUCAUGGUUUAAGAGAUUCUGUGCCUUCAUUACAAGGGGAGAAGGCUUCACGAGCACAGAUAUUAGACAAAGCUACAGAGUACAUCCAGUUCAUGAGGAGAAAAAAUCACACCCACCAGCAGGACAUUGAUGAUUUAAAGAAGCAGAACGCACUGCUGGAGCAACAAGUUCGUGCACUGGAGAAGGCCAAAGGGAACACUCAACUCCAGACAAACUACUCUUCUGACAGCAGCUUGUACAAAAACCGCAAAGGAAGCGCAGUGUCCGCAUUUGACGGCGGGUCCGACUCCACCUCCGAAUCGGAGCCAGAGGAGCCGCCCAGCAGAAAGAAGCUGCGUGUGGAGGCCAGUUAAACUCCGGUGCCCCCCAGACUCUUUGCAUCCACCAGCUCCAGCAUCUCUGACCUGUCUUCUUAUGCUCCUAACUUCUUAAAUCAGUCCAAGACACAAGAAGGAGACAGUGUGUUAGGUGCUGUUACUGUUUUAUUAAAACGCUUCUACCUUGUUGUUUCCUCCUGUUUUUGUGACCCAGCAAUGACUUUUAUUAUCCCCAAAGUGAGGCAGCUCAGCAGUUUUUGAAGGACUUGAUGCUUUUGAAACCUUGUGAUAACAUGUUCAUGAAAUGACACGUGAGCCUUUAGUAAAGCUACAAAACAACUUUUGCAGUUUGUUGAAUUGUGAGAUUUUAACACCUUUUAUGGAAUGAUAAUUGAAAGAAUUAGUGUUUUUAAUAUUCAUAUAAAAAUGUGAAUUUGUUUUCAGUAAACAUGCCUGGAAUGCAAGGUGUGCCCUCCUUUUUGAUGUAGGUGACUGAAGUUUUUGACUUUGAGAACUUACUUGAAUCACAUAAAAUCCCCCUUUUCUCCCCAUUAUAUAGUCUAUCCAUAUGGCUGAUCUCUAUACUGAUUUACAAGAGGAUUUUCACAGCUUUUGAAUAGUUAUUCAGAGUUUAUACACGUGGUUAUGUUUAAAAAAAUCACUUAAUUGAUACUGAAUGUUACACAAUGAAGUUAUAGGACAGUGACUUUAAUUUUUGUUCAUGGAAGUCCAUUUCAGUGUGUAGUAUAUAACACUGUAUACUCUCAAGUGGUGUCAGUUCUGCAAUGAAAAGCCUUCCCUUGAAAUAUUUGCCUGCGCUGGGAAUGUUGAUCUUAAAAGUUUAAAAAAAAAUGUGUGUAUGUAAUAAAUAUUUGUUCCAUUCCAUGGAAAUUACAGGUAUGUUGUACAUACUGCCAAUGGUUGUCUUGCAAGUUAAGGCAUACCUUUAUUAUGAGAUUAUAAAUAAAACUAUUUUAUCCUUUUUGGAUGUA